GCGGGAGGAGAAGGAUGUUAUUUUUUAAAAUUAUUAUAGCGAAAGAGAAUUGACAACCAGCUUCACCCCGUUGGACUAAGCCAACUUGUAUUCUUCCACCUCGUUGACUUAUUCAAGUGUUAGCAAACAUUGCCAUCUGUGGGUGACUAAAUGUUUGUAAAGGAUAAGUAUGGCUCUCCAAAUUCAUCGAAAAGUCUGCCAUACGUAUUAAUCUAAGGACCUAAAAGUUUUAAGUCGUGAGAUCAGCGGCUGAGAAAAAUAUUUUACUUUGAAUUCAAACCCUCCACUGACCCAUCAAUCACAAAGGGUUGUGGUGUGGGUUGCCUGUGUAGACCAGUCAUAUGAAUCUCACAAUAAAGAAAAAUAUAUUGCCUGUAAGAAUUCAAGUAAGUAGCAAAGUAUGAGAAUCUCAGAAUCAGAAGCCCAAGCAAACAGAGUCAGUGAUUCUGAAUUCUAAUGGAGCAAAGCCGAGGCCUGAGAUUGAUACUUCUCCCACUGCCAUUUCAAGGCCAUAUAAACCCCAUGCUACAACUGGGCAACCUUCUUCACUCCAAAGGCUUUUCCAUAACCAUCGUCCACACCAAGUUCAACUCUCUCAACCCUUCAAGCCACCCACACUUCACCUUCCACUCAAUCCCUGUCGACUUAUCUGAAUCGGAAAAAGCUUGCCGUCCUGUUUCUCUUCUAAACGCUAAAUGUGUUGAGCCUUUCAGGGAAUGCUUGGCUACCUUGUUAUCCGAUGCAGAGGAGGAUCCUGUUGCUUGCUUGAUCUCAGACCCUUUCUUUCACUUCACUCGAUCAGUUGCAGAGAGCUUUGAGCUCCCAAGGAUUUUGAUAAGGACUGGGGGCGCCACUUCCCUUGUUGUUUAUGCUGCUUUUCCACUCUUGAAGGAAAAGGGUUACUUCCCAAUUCAAGAUUCUCGACUAGAAGAGCCGGUGACAGAGCUGUCACCUCUCAAAGUUAAAGACCUGCCCGGGAAGGACAAUUCUGACCCUGAGAGUAUUUACCAACUGAUAACCAACAUGGCAAAUGAACCCAAGGCCUCAUCUGGACUCAUUUUCAACACUUUCGAAGACCUUGAACAACAUGCACUUGCCACACUUCGCCAAGAAACUUACCCCAAUAUUCCAAUUUUCCCAAUAGGCCCAUUUCACAAGUGUGACUCUGCACCCUCUUCUUCAACUGGCUUAUUAGCAGAAGACCAGAGUUGCAUUUCAUGGCUAAACACUCAAGCACCGAAAUCUGUUGUGUAUGUUGGCUUUGGGAGCAUUGCUGCAGUCAAAGAGGCUCAGUUUUUGGAGAUAGCUUGGGGACUAGCCAACAGCAACCAUCCAUUCUUGUGGGUGGUUCGACCCGGAUUAGUCCAUGGAUCAUCAGAACCAUUGCCUGAUGGGUUUCUCGAGAGUUUGAAUGGGAGGGGUCACAUUGUGAAAUGGGCUCCACAAAAAGAAGUGCUGGCCCAUCCAUCUGUUGCAGUGUUUUGGACUCACAGCGGCUGGAAUUCUACAUUGGAAAGCAUCUGUGAGGGGGUCCCUAUGAUUUGCAUGCCAUGUUUCGGUGAUCAAAUGGCCAAUGCAAGAUAUGUGAGCCAUGUUUGGAAGGUUGGGGUGCAGAUAGAGCAUGGCAUCGAGAGAGCUGAGAUUGAAAGAACCAUUAAUUUGUUAAUGGUGGAGAAAGAAGGGGAAGAGAUCAGAGACAGAGCAAUGGAGCUAAUGGAGAAGGCAAAUCUUUGCCUCAAAGAAGGUGGCACUUCAUACCAAUCUUUGGAUGGCUUGGUCAAACAUAUUUUAUCAAUAAAAUCCUUUGCUUUUGGAAAGCAGAGUGAGUGAUCAUGAAUUUGUUUGUAUGUGUCCUUUAUUACAAAACCAGAAGCGAACAGCAAACCGAUUGAAAGUGAGACUCUGUUUC